AUGGCUUGCGUAUCGGAUGAUAUGACAGAGCUGGUCAGAAUUUUUGCAAGUGGAAUGGUACCGAAGAAUGGAAUAUCACUUCUUCCAACAGCCUUAUUACCAAUAGAAUUACGAACGGGAGAUAUAAAAGGUCCUUUUCAUAUAAAUGACAAUCCAAGCACAUCAUAUACUCCAUUGACUCUCAUUGAUCAGUUUGGAAAGACCCAUUCAUUUGAAAUUAUUGAAAAAGAUCCUAUUCUAUCACGGAUACAAGCAUGUGCAGAUCCACUUGCAGUCAAUGCUGUUGCCUAUGUACUCGAUAAAAUUGUUCAACUUGUCAUUACAAAGGAUAUACGUCAAACGGAAACUAUAUUUACUGCCUUCUUAACCACAGCACCGUCCAUCAAUUUGGCUGAUAUUACUUCCGGAAAUUCAAUCUCUUCCUUCAAUGAUAAAAUCAGCGAUGGUGGAUCAGAGAAACGCUAUCCAUGUAACCAUUGUGGAUUGGCUAAGUUCAACAGUUUCGAAAAUUUAGCUGUACAUCAACAAAAAUAUUGUAAAAAAGCUGAAAAUAAUCGCUUAUCGACAGCAGCAAUGCUGAAAAGCCCAUCAAUUACCCCAAUGAACUCUCUUUCACAAACAAUAAUACCUCCAUUACAAACUUCCCUAACUACCCCAAGCACGUCUUCACUUCUUCUUCCACUCGGACUGACGAAUCCUAUGCAAUCUCAGAAUAUUGUUUUACUACCAAUUGCUCAACAUAAUCAACCUCAAUCAGAUCUCAUUCAGUUCCUUGGACCACCUCAAACGAUCAUCCCCAUAGCUAUUGGAAAACAAAAUUUUACGACUGGAUCAUUGGUACUACAGAAACCGUUUUGUGCAUCCAUUAAAACACCGCCUUCAAUUAAUUUUAGUAAUGAUGGCCUUAAUGUGACAGUUCCACUCGUACAAAUUGACACUCCAUGCAGCUCUAGUGCAUCAAUAAUCGGUACAGCUCUACCAGCAACAGUCAAUCCUAUACCGGAUGUAGCUCCCAGCACUAGUACAGUAUUCAAUACACUGAAUAUAACAACAAGUAAUCCAUCCAUGAAACGAGCACACGAUGGCAGUUCACUAUCCCCAAUGGAGAUAUCAAAGAGAGCACGACAUGACAGUAUAGCUGAAGCAACCAAUAAGGCAUUGGCUUCACAAUCAUUUUUUGCAAAAGCUGGAAGUUCAACAGAAGGAGAAAAGCCAUAUGUAUGCUCUUGUGGUGUUACAUUUUCAGCCAUGAACACAUUAAAAGCUCAUCGAACACUAUACUGCAAAGAUGUUGGACGACCAGAUGAUCAUCGUGAGCCAACACGGAAGUUGCCAUCGCGAUGUUCACAAUGUUCCUACGAACCACAGUCCAUAUCUCAAUUAUCAUUACAUAUAAGGAAUGUUCAUAAUGAUGUUCAAGCUUAUGUAUGUAAGGAGUGUGGUUAUCGAGGUUAUAGCAUACGGGGAAUACGAGGACAUAUGAGAUCCCAUCCAGAACUUGAAUGUAUGAAGCUUGAUGCUUUACUGGCUUCCUAUGUAACUGAAAUUAAAGGAAAUGAUAAUAAUCCUGGUUCAGAGACUGAAGUUAUUGUCACAUAA